UGGCUAGUCUGCUCGUAUCCGCAGGCCAUUUGCUUCCCCGCUGCAGGGAUCGCCGAUCUAGAUCUCCCGUUCACCGCCCCUCCCUCUCCCUCUCUCGUGGCUUCAUUCCUGUCGGCGCCGCCCUCCUCGUCAGGCCCUUCGCCGGCGACGAGCAUCCACCAGGAUCCAGAGCGUGCUACGACCUCUCCUGCCAUCCGCCAUGAUUAAUUUCGUGCUCCUGAUCAGCCGCCAGGGCAAGGUUAGGCUCACCAAGUGGUAUUCGCCAUACACCCAGAAGGAGAGGACCAAGGUUAUUCGUGAGCUCAGUGGACUCAUUAUUACACGAGGGCCCAAACUCUGCAACUUUGUCGAGUGGAGAGGUUACAAAGUCGUAUACAGGAGGUAUGCCAGCCUGUAUUUCUGCAUGUGCAUUGAUGCUGAUGACAAUGAGCUCGAAGUCCUUGAAAUCAUCCACCAUUUCGUUGAGAUACUCGACCGCUAUUUUGGCAGUGUAUGUGAACUGGAUUUGAUAUUCAACUUCCACAAGGCCUACUACAUACUGGAUGAAAUUCUCAUAGCUGGUGAGCUUCAAGAAUCUAGCAAGAAGAAUGUUGCAAGACUUAUUGCUGCACAGGAUUCGCUAGUUGAGGCUGCCAAAGAGGAAGCCAGCUCCAUAAGUAACAUCAUUGCUCAGGCUACAAAAUAAAUUCUACACCAAUCUAAUGCCUUCCCCUUUGCUCUAUCGUGUCGUUGUACUUGCACAAGUAAAUGUAAUGCACUGGACUGCUCCGUCAUGUGUUCUGUUUAUUUUUUUCUAAGGAAUACGGCUCCCCAGACUCCAGAUCAAUUAGAAUGAGGGUGACAUGACUACAUUGUAUGUGUACCUUUGCAAGUAAAAUUGGCAUAUUCCUGAUUGCUCAGGCAUAGUUGUAAAUUCAUUAUUUUAUGAGUGAAUUGCGUUUUCUUGAUCUCA